UAUUGUCCUGCUAAAGAUUGAAAUUGUUUAUUGUCUUGGCUUUGCAAUGAAGUUAAGUGAGAAGAAAAAGCCUGAAAGUUUCAGGUAAUGAUGUUUCCUCAAAUAGAUCCUUUUAGCAACGAGAUCAAAAAACCUUGUUAGGGUUCUAUAGAUUUCCUGUCAAAUCCUCUUUCUCCUGCUGGUGAUGUGGGGUGGGCUGGUUUGUGGGUCAGGUGUGCCCUGGGGGGAAGCUGGGUGUCAGUGCUGGUGUUUGCAGAAGGAACUCCAGCUCCUCCUGCUUGGCAAUUGUUCACAUUGGCACAAUGCAGAUCAAAUCUGCUGGUUUGUGAGCAGGGCUCGUACAAUAAUUGAGCGUUUUCCCAAAGUAAUGGAGCAUCUCUCAUCUCCUUUCUCCUUACAAAGCCAAGACUUUUGCAUCUGCAUCCACCAAUCUCAGCCUGUGGGAGUCCUGACAAACUGAACUGAUGUUUCAGGUGGUUCUGCAUUUCUGGGAUGGGAGACAACUGCCUGAUUUUGGCACUUUGAAGAGCAAAUUUGAGUCUCCCUUUUCACAGUUGUCUUCAGAGGGGAGGGCUUUAACUCAUUGUUCAACUGAAGGAGCAAUUAAAAGACCUUUGAAAAUGUUGUGGAUGUUGUGUCUCCCAAGUGCAUCCCUCCUUCUCCUGCUUCUCCCGUGCUUCCCUGCCCAGGACGGUGGAGGUAAUGAACAGCCCACAGACGUUAUCAGUGCUUGGGAAGGAGACUCCAUCAACAUAAUUUGCCCAAUGCAUGGUUCAGAAUAUCAGUUGGGGAUGGUCUUGAGAGCUGUCAGACAGAGUGUCAAUGUGAUAUAUUGUCCCAAGGAGAAACCUCCACGUAUCAAUCCUGCCUUUGCUAAUCGCACCGAGUGCUCAAAGGAAGGGGAGAGCCUCAGGAUAACCCUGCACAGGUUACAGGAGUCUGAUUCUGAAAUCUACGUAUGCGUUGAGAUUUUAAAUAUCCAGGAGAUAUCUAGGAAGACAACCAUGGUACUGGUCAAAGCUAAAUCCAGAAGGCCUCUGGAACAAUCACCACUCCACGCCAACCCUGAGCAAGGCCAGUCUGUCAACAUCACCUGUGUGCUGAAAAGCUCAGGGGAAGAUGAGAAGUUUAUCUUGCUCAGGACUCAUGUGCAGCCUGGCAGAGUUCUGUCUGUGUCAAAUCUCAACGGGUCAGAGGUUUCUCCUGCCUUUGGGAAUCGCUUGGAGUAUUCAAGGGAAGGCAAUAGAAUUGUGAUAUUUCUACACGAGCUACAGGAACAGGACAGUGAUAACUACAUCUGUGCCCAGGAGGUGAAGGGCUCCCCUCUGCUCUCUGCAAGUGGCACCAUGGUGCUGGUUAAAGAAGUGGAGCAGGCAUGUGAGAAGAGCUCCUGGGAUUUGUAUGUCCUUCUCAUGGUGGUGGCUGUGCUGUGCUGUGCCCUGGUGUGCUGCUUCUUGUACCAUGUGGAUGUGAAGAAAUAUUUCCAGAAGAAAAAGCCCAAUGUGGUGUAUGAAGACAUGUCCUACAACUCCAGACGGAGCACCCUGGUCAGAACCAACACCUAUUCCAGAGGUGAAUAAACUUCUGCCAGCUGGGACCAUCUCCCCACAGGCAGCUCUGAGAGCUGCUUUAACCACCUGAACUGCAAUUGCUAUCACCUGCCUUCUUCAGUGGAAGGAAAAACCUCAUUUCCAAGGUGGUUUCUACUUUUUUUUUUUUUUUUUUUAAUGUACAGAAAAUCUAGCAAAAUGCAGGUACUCUGGAAAUGUGUAUGCAGUUCAGUGUGAAAAAGCAGCAUUUUGGGGCUAAAUGCAACAUAUGGGCUCAUUUCUUUGCUAAAUAACCCAUCCAGGAUGGAUGGGGAGGUCUGGUUCUGAGCAUUGCUAAGUCUCAGGAAGGCCACACAGGUCUGAUCAAUAAUUUGCCAUGGAUCCACACAAGCAUGGGUUCCAGUUCUCUCAUGAAUCCUUGCCCAAGAGCUCAGCCAGCUAAAACUACUCAAGAGUUACAGCAGGGAAAUCUAUUUUGCAGAAACCAGAAAUGUGGCAAGGUGAAAUGCUGGAUCCAUGUGGGCUCACCUGCUCCAAGGCCAUGAUGGUCCCACAAAAACACAAUCAAGUCUGGAUUUUAGUUUACUGCCUCUGUCAGAGCCAGUCACAAGACUGAUGGGGGUCUUGAUGUGGCUGAGGAGCAAAGUGACUAAACUUGGGUCCUGGUGACAUCUUGGGUGUCUUGGUUUGAACAGACAGGUGUCUGCUAAGGAAGGCAGGAGCCUCCCCUGAAACAGAAAAUGUAAACCCCCUUCCUCCAAAUUGUUAAAAUUUUUAAAUUAAAAGGAUCUCAGGCAAAGAUGUGGGAAUAGGAAGAACAGUUCUUUAUUAGGAAAAGUAAAAAUACAAAUGCAAUAGUACAAACAAAAAAACCCAACACUGCCAGAGUCAGAGCAGGCCCUGCCCCCUGUGUGUCAGGGUGGUGGCACAGUCCCAUCCCAGAGGGGCUCAGGGUGGUGGCACAGUCCCAUCCCAGAGGGGCUCAGGGUGGUGGCACAGUCCCAUCCCAGAGGGGCUCAGGGUGGUGGCACAGUCCCACCCCAGGGGGGCUCAGGGUGGUGGCACAGUCCCAUCCCAGGGGGGCUCAGGGUGGUGGCACAGUCCCACCCCAGGGGGGCUCAGGGUGGUGGCACAGUCCCAUCCCAGGAUGGCUCAGGCUGGUGGCACAGUCCCAUCCCAGGGGGCUCAGGGUGGUGGCACAGUCCCAUCCCAGGGGGCUCAGCCCUCCUGCAGUGCCAGCUGUGGCUCUGCUGGAGCAGGGAUCCUGCACAAGGGGGGAGUUUUCCUCUGUAGCUCCAGGGCUGCUGGAGAUGGGCCUGCUCUCCCUCUGGGAAUGCAGGGCAGCAGAAAGCUGCUCCUCUGGGAAUGCAGGGGGCAAAGGCUGCUGGGCUGUUCCCAGGGCAGAUUGGAUCCAGGUAGGAAUGCUUGGCUCCUCCCCUGGGCAGAGCAUCUCCCCAUGGGAUGGUGGAAUUGGAUCAGCCCUGCAGGGACACUCAGUGGCCAUGGACAGCAGAGAUCUCCUGGAGGGAGGGCUGGCUGUGGGAGAGAUAAAGAAAACACUGCCCAGUGAACAGCAGAGAACUGCCCAGCUCUGACAGAUAGGUUGGAAAUGGGGGGGUGUAUUCUAAUCCUAAGACCUUGGGACAGCAGAAAUAUUUGUGAUGUGCUGGGUGAGUUUCUCCAACCCAGUGACUCCACACUGUACAACACAAGGUGAAAUAAUCCAGGGUAAAUAAAGCCAAUUCCUGCAUUCCAACCUGGGCAUGAUCUAAAAUGCCUUCUUAUCAAAGGGAUUUAUCAAAACCCACCUCAGGCAAGAAGAGGCUACAUUUGGGUUGGUAACAGCUUCUAGAGCAGGUGGCUGUGGGGAGCUGGGCCGGGGAACAGCUCGGGCUCCUCCAGGGGUGUUUUGGUUUUGCAGGGUUGGGGCACUGUGAAAAGUCAAAAAUCUUUCACAAAGGAAUGCUGAAUUACCUUGGUACAGGGCAGGGCUGAUGGGGGUGGCCUCUGGUUGCUGAGGACAGGCUGAGACUGGAGUUUGUCUCUAUUGAUGGGAUUGUUUAUUUUUUUUUUUUGAGGGAUUAGGGUCAGUUUAUCUUUGAUGAGUGCAAAGCUGGAGCAGAGCCAGGCACAAAGGAUAAUUCCUCUCCAGAGCUGAGCUCUGACAAGCUCUCAGCUUGCCAAGGCAAUCCUGCCCCUCAGGAGGGCCCAUUUCCCUCCAGAUACUGCUCAUGAAAUGCUGUGCACUAGACCUGAGGGAGCAAUCCCCUCACUGUGAGGGGUGGGUGGUGCAGACUCACCUUGUGAGCAAGUAGGUGCUGUCUUCACAUGGCCAGACCUGGAUUAGUUGUGUUUGCUUUUGGGGUUUUGUACAGUUCCUUGAUAUUUUCAUACAUAUAUUAAAACCUGUUUCAUAUAUCUUGCAAAUAAAUGACUGUUUAUUUUA